UGUUUAAACAAGUGACAUGCAGGUCUUGGAUAACUCCGGUGAGGUACUCCUACGUGGUACGCCCGCUUCAAACACACUCCCGCUGUGGCGCGCAGGCGGCCACCCGUAACCAUGCAUCUCAACCAACUAAUUCUCAUGUCUCCCUCCUCGACGAACCAAGAAACCCAGCCCCGAUCCAGUCUCCCCGCAUCCAUCGCUCUCCGGAUCGACCGAUCCGGCCGAUGGAGGUGUUCGACGAAGUGCACUUCGUGCGGCUCCGGUGCCAGGUGCGGCGGACCAAGUACAUGGCGGCGGACGACGACGGGCACGGCGUGUGCCUGUCCAGCCAGCGCGGCGCGCACAACACGGUGUGGGCGGUGCAGCCCAUGGAGGGCGCGGAGGGCGGGCCCUUCGUCCUCCUCCGCGGCGCCUACGGCCGCUACCUCUUCGCCACGGACGUGCAGGCCGCCACGGGGCCCGGCCACGGCGUGCAGGCCGCGCAGCAGGCCCGGCCGCACCCGAACACGCCGAGGUGCAUGCUCUGGCAGGCCAUCCGGCGGGAGGGCUCCUUCGUCAUCCGCAGCGCCGGGGGCCGGUACCUCCGCGCCAACGGCAAGUACGUCCGGUGGCGCACGGCCGUCACCGUCGCCGGGGACGACGCCAGCGCCAUGCUGCAGUGGGACGUCGAGGUCGUGCCCCUUCGCCUGGACCGCCCUACCCUCCUCGAUCCACCGCCACAGCCGAUGCGGAGGCGGCGCCGCCCGCCGACGGAGGAGGAGGUGGCGCGGCAGGUCCGGUACAUCCCCGCCGGCGUGGACGGGGACAUAGACGAGACAGGGUGGCGGACGGUGCGGAUCAGCACCAACAGCCUCAUGCAGCUGCGCCUGACGCUGGCCAACCUGCUGGGCCAGAACCGGUCGGCGCUCCACACCACGCUCUGCGUCCGCGCCGGCGCCUACGCCGACCUCUCCCCUCUCCUCAUCGACCUGCCCAUCGGCAACGACCGCCUCGACAUCGUCGUCAUCACCCACGGCACACCAGUGGACAACACGUUGCUGUACCCAAACGUCAAUGCGCGGAAUUGAACAUCAUGCAGGGGUGAGGCGACAUGGUUAGGGGUUCAUGCUCGAUUCUCUCACCACUACCUGGAUUAUCAAGUGGUUGGGUUUCUCUCAUUCGUUUCGGCUCAGAGAGUAGCUUAAUUAUCCUGGAGCAACUGCUAGUGUACAUCGGACUGUCAGAGCUGUUGGCGGGGAGAAUGCUUGUAGAGCAGGGUAGUACGUACGUGGUUUUGACACUCAGUAGUAGUUGCUCAAGACGCUAGUGAUCUGCCUUGUGAUUUUGCUCUGGUCUUUAGCAUCUGGCUGGAGGUUUGUAACGAUUUUUGGGUACAAUGCUGCUACAUGGAAAAGUAGUAUUUGAUAUGAAUACUGUCCAGAAAUACAUAGAGAUCCGUUUAAAUAGUCUUUUAUGGGAGACAGUAGAAAUUUCUUC